AUGGAGUGGCUGUUUGGAAAAAGAAUUACUCCUGAAGAAAUGCUCAGGAAAAAUCAAAGAGCAUUAAACAAAGCUACAAGGGACCUAGACAGAGAAAAAGCACGCAUGGAACAACAAGAAAAAAAAAUCAUUGCUGAUAUCAAAAAGAUGGCAAAAGAAGGUCAGAUGGAGUCUGUCAAAAUUAUGUCCAAAGAUCUUGUGAGAACAAGGAGGUAUGUAAAAAAGUUUAUGAUUAUGAAAGCUAACAUCCAAGCAGUUUCUUUAAAAAUUCAAACUCUUCGAUCACAGAAUGCUAUGGCUCAAGCCAUGAAGGGUGUUUCCAAGGCGAUGCAGAACAUGAAUCGGCAGCUUAAUCUGCCUCAAAUUCAAAAGAUUCUGCAGGAAUUCGAGAAACAAUCUGAAAUAAUGGAUAUGAAAGAAGAAAUUAUGAAUGAUGCCAUAGAUGAUGCGAUGGAGGAUGAAGCUGAUGAAGAAGAAAGUGAUGCUAUUGUAUCACAGGUUCUGGAUGAACUUGGUCUUCAAUUGAAUGAUCAAUUAUCUGGUUUACCACAGGCAACUGCAUCCCUCUCUGUCUCUGGAGGAAAAACAGCCACUCCUGUUGCAGGAGCAACUGGUGGAAUGACAACAGAUGCAGAUGCAGAUUUGCAAGCUCGACUCGAUAAUUUAAGAAGAGAGUUAUUAUUUAGGAGCAGAAGGAAAAGAAACAAUAAAACAGGAUCUGUGCUGUGCUGUCUCCUCAGAAUCCAGAUAAUUCUACUUAACUAUAAAUCCAUACAUAAAUAUGUAAUUUAA